CUUUAUUAAAUAAACAAACGCCCGUCCACACAAUCAAACACGUUUACAAGCAAAUGAAGACUAAAAUGUAAAACGCACACUAUGCAGCACUAAAAGUACUCAAAAAAUAGUUUGACACAUAAGAGAAGUGUCGAUACAACAAAUAUAAAAAAAAUCGAAAAACAAAUGAAAAAAAAUAAACAAAACAAAAAAGUGUAUCGAUACCAUCGCUAGUAUUUUACUUCUUCUUGUGAAUAAAGAACAUUAUUUUUUAAUAAAAAGAAGCCUGUAAGUUUUGUUAAAAUAAAUAUAAUAAAACAAAAUAUUUUGCUCAGUUUUUGUGGUGUUUUCUGUGAGUGCGUUAUGCAACAGUUGUGGUCUUACAAUUAAAAUGGAUCACAAAAACUAUCCACAAAAUGAGUUCUGCACAAACGGAUUUAAACCUAAAAGUUAAAAAGUCCAGCGAUAAGAUAUCCGAAAAUAUACACAUUGUUGCAAAUGAUCCAUCUUUAGCAUUUUUUCGCAUACAAGAACAUGUCCGCAAGGUUAUACAGCCAAUUUUAGACAAACGCAUCGAAGUUAUAAUGUUGCAAAAAAAUUUACAGGGACAUUGUUUCGAUAUGGAAUAUGCUGUUAGAGCAAUGAAAAAUAUUGAACAUUCAGAUGGCAUAUUUGAUCAGGUGCAGGAUAUGAUAAAAAACUCCAUAUUUUUAAAGCAACAAUUGAAAUAUGAACAAAUCAAAAAUAAACUGGAUAAGGAGACACAAAAGAAUUCGGUUUACAAACGAUUUUCGGCUCACUUGGCAUUAGACUUGCCGGAUUUUACCGAUAUAACAGGAGUAAUGAGAGAAACAAGUUCACGUAUGGAAACAAUGAUCACAUUGAACAAGGAUAAUGCAAACACCACACAUCCACCCAAUAACAUGGAACAGUUACAACGUUCACAUACUACAUUACAUUGAAAUUAACUUUUAAUAUAUUUAAAUAAAAAAAUUAAAAAACAUUUUA